CAAUAAAAUGCUAAUAUCAGAUAGUUCCAAAAGCAGCAGCAUGGAAGGAUACUCUCCUACUCAAUAUCAAAAUAUUUUAAACCCGCGUUUCAAAAAACAGAGACUAUCAUCAAAAAGAGAUGACAUAACAGUAAAUCUCACCCACCUUCCCUUGAUUCGUCCUAUUUCUGACCAGAGCCAGUGGAUGCCUCAGUAUAUGAAGGAGGCUAAAAGGGCCUAUGAGCAUACCAAAAAUAACUCAGUUGACAAUCUUUGACCAAAAGAUGAGCUGACGAAGGAAGUAAAUGACGAUCUGCUCGGAUAUUACAGAACAAAAGUGGCUGAAAAGAAAGAAAGACAAAGGAAAGCUAGUGGUGUUAUUGCCGACUUCAACUGGUACUCUGGAGAUACCCUAUCUAAACGAAAAAGCGAAGAGCUAAUAAAGAUAGAAAACUGCCAAGAGGACUAUUUUAGAAACAACGAGCAAAGGUCAAGAGGGGGUUCUCUCCAGGACCAACAAGACUUGUUCUUCUCAAAACGGCAGCAAAAGGUGACAAGAAUGGAUAGGAUAUCCCAUCUCAGAAGAGCUGAAGCACAACUCAAUAGAGGCUCCAGCAUAGAUGCUGUAGAUAGAAGAGGCUCUCAGAUUAUUAUCAAACAGAGGAAAGAUAUUAUAAUGAACCUAAGCAAGUCUGAGGAGCGCCGUCGAUCAAAUAUUUUGACAAAUCCUACAAUUAUUAUCAACAAAAAAGGAUUGAAGAAUUCAGCUUCCUUUAAACAUGCCAGAUUGAGUAAAAAUGGUAGUCUAGGCCAGAAAGGGUCUAAAAUUUCUUUUUGAAGAAACCCUAUAAGAAAAACAGCCCUUAUAAAGAUGAAGUCUCGCAAAAAUAUGAAAUCCUUAUCUUAA